UCCGUCCGAUCCAGUCAUCCGAGAAAAAUGGAUUCAGUUUGUACGAGAGACGCGUUCAUGGUGGCAACCUAACAAGCAUGCGCGAUUAUGCUCAGAUCAUUUUAGUGAUGGCUGCUGGGUGAAGAAGUUGAAAAAAGAGAAUGCUGUUGUCAAAUGCUAUACCUUCGAUGCAUACUCCAAACACCGGUCCUCAACUUCAAUACUUUCCUCAGCCUGCUCCGGCACCAGUCAAAUCUCAUUGUAAAGGUAAUUCUUUUAUCGAGAUUGGUUUGCGAAAUGAGUGUGAACUUCAGACGGAUGAUCUUGGAUAUAAUUAUUUCACACAGAUUUGGGAGUCAACGGACAUUGCCUUUGUCCAUAUUGGAGAUGCUACAUCAGAUAACAGAGCAAAAAUAACCAUCACAUCCAUGGAACAGGAUUUCAAAACUGAGAGGAGAUUCUUCCAGACUUUCAAGGAUAAUCAGUGUGUCAUCCCCCUGAAUGGUGCUCUUCUGACUUCUGAAGAGGAAGGCUCCAUUAUUCUCGACCUCAAGCUGGACUCAGCGAUCAGUAUGCAAGAUUUUCUCCAGCACAAACUGAAGGAGAUUCUCACAUGUCUGCUGAGUAUUGUGAAGGAUAAACUGAGGCUUAAUGUCCGUGUUGACAGUCAGUUCUCGGUUGACGUGAAGGAUGGCUUGUCUGGACAUAGAGGAGAACCUGCUGUCACUAAAUCCAAAACGGUCACUGAGAAAGAGAUUCAAACUAAGCUGACGUGGAUCAAAUCAACUCCCACAAUGAUUCACAGUCCAUCACCUAGUGAUCUGCCACCCAACAUGUCAAACAAAGAAACACCACCAACAAACCUAAUGGACACCCCUUCUCCGAGUGAAACAGCUUCUCUUUCAUCCACACCUUCCAAGUCAGAUGAUGACACUGAAAAAGUAAUGAAAAAAGCACAAAACUCAAACCCAGUCAGAUAGUUACAUUGAAAAGUCACCUUCUAAAAGUUCAGAUUGGUCGGGCCUUGACUUUGUUAAAAAGGAAGCAGUGUCCCCACCAUCACCUCCAAGAUCUUCACCUGAGAAAACAUCUGUUUCUUCAGCUAAAGACAAACCACAGGCAGUAAUAACACCAAAAAAGAUAAAAGCUUGCCAUAAAUUAUUCAUAGGGCAACUUCGAUAUUUUGAAAGACCACAAACCAAGAUAAGCGGCUACUUUAAGAUAGCAAGGGUCAUUGACAAUAAGGAAUCAGGACAGUACCUACCGCUCUAUGUUGGCAAGUCAGAUGACAUCGGUCACCGACUUGACCAACUUUUCAAAAGUCAACCAGACACUGUCCCCAGCUCUUCAUCUCCAUCAUCCAUUGACACAUACCUAGCAGGACUGACACCCGAGGAGUACGAAAACAUCUCCGUGUUCUGGGUGGACAGAACACAGGACCAACACCAGUGCAAGGGGUGCUCCAUGCGUGACUGUUUCAUCAGGGAAUGGGGUGCUCAGCUGGAGUUCAUGGACAAAGAUGAAGAUUGGUCUGAAGGGGAGGAAACAAGAGUAACAAAUACUGCCAGGAAAGUCAUUAUUUUAUGUCGUCAAAAGUCUAAUGUGCAACCUGGGUUUUCAUCAUCUCCAAAGAAGCGUCGGGUGUCUCCUACUCAGAAGACAUUCAGGUUAUCUCAGCUGUUCAGACCUGUGGCAAGUAGAAACGGGGAUGUUGUGGACAACCUUGAACAUGAGUCUGCAUACAGAAUCAUGACCCCAGAAUGUGUUUCAGGGUCAGAUUACAGUCCUAAGAAUUCUGUUGGUGGUCCAAGUAGCA